GCAAAGUUUACAGCAGAGUGAGAAAAGCAAGUUCACGUCUGGCUGACUGGAGGAAAUGCAUUCAAUUCUUACUCAACCCCCUUGUACGUAUUGUUUAAAGAAAAGAAAAAAGAAUUUUGGGAUCUUGGAUGACAGAUUUUAAAUGUAGACCACUGCGUGAGAACCGAGCCUUCACGCUGGGAAAUAUCAGCCCGCUUUUGUUUGUUAUCACACUGAAAGUUUGGCAGGUUGUGUUUUUCUGAGUUCCUUUUGGUUACAGAUCUGCUGUUGCUAAUGAAACCUCUCAGCGUGUGGGUAUUGAUCGGUCUUUUCUCAUUGUCAGGGGCUGCUUUAGACAUCACCCUCAUUUCUAACUCUGGUGCCAGCUCUACACGGAGCUUCUUCCUGUCCUGCAUCUCGGGGGAGCGGGAUGCCAGCAAGAUGGAGCUGCAGAAAAAAGACAACGAGAUCUUCAUGGUCCCCAAUCCGCCUCAGUUUCAGUUCAUUUGGAGGAAGGAUGAGGAGCUGAGAGCCACAGGCUUCAGCAAGCCACUGGACAGACAGGGCAUCUUCUAUUGCAAAGCCAUGAGGUCAGCAGAGCAGACGGAGGUGGUGCUCAUCAAUAACAACCCACAAGGUAGCUACCACCACAUGGGUCACGCUGGAGACAUCAUUAACGACACCAUAGUCCUGACGAUGGAGGGAGUGAAGGAGGAUAACACAGGGGUCUAUAGCGCCAGCUAUCUGGCUGAAAGUCCCAUCUUCAGCGUCUUUCUGAGACUGAUAGUCAGAGUGAAGGAGUGCCUGAAUGGGGGGGUCUGCCAUGAUAAAGAAGGGGACUGCAUCUGUCCACCCGGCUUCAUGGGGAGACGCUGUGAGACAGCUUGCCGGUCGGGGAUGUUUGGUCGUAACUGCCAGGAAUCAUGCCGAGAGGAGAUGGACUGCAGCGGGCUGACGUUCUGCCUCCCAGAUCCCUACGGCUGCAGCUGUGCCAGCGGCUGGAACGGUCCGCAGUGCAGCAUGGGUGAAUAUCGGACAGCAAGGAUCAGGCUGAGAAAACACAGCUCUGCCUCCGUGUAUGCAAGCAAGCAAGCAAAACCUGCUGAACGUUUCAGCUUGCAGUUCCUCCUCUGGUUUUUAUUCACCUUCGGAUUUAUCACAAUACAAGCCUGUGAUAAAGAGUUCUAUGGGCCCGGCUGUCAGCUGAAUUGCGAAUGCAGAAAUGGAGGGACCUGCAACCCAUUCAGUGGCUGCCAGUGUCCCACAGGGUGGCGUGGGCUGCACUGUGAACAAUCAGAUGGUGUCCCCCAGAUCUUGGACAAUCCCAAUAACCUGGAGUGGAACUUGAACUCCUGCCCCAGGAUCACCUGCUCUGCGUCAGGGAACCCGCUGCCAGGGCACGGCAGCAUUGAGCUGAGAAAGCUUGAUGGUACUGUCCUGAAGGCCACCAGCACCACCAUGGAGUCCAACAAGAGCACUGCACUGUUCGAGAUCAAGAGGCUGUCAAAGGAGCAUGGGGGGCUGUGGGAGUGCCGCGUCUCCACCAACGGGGGGCAGGAUUCACACAAGUUCAACCUGACCGUGAAGACGCCGCCGUCCCCCAACACUCCUCCCAAACUGCUGGAGAGGAAGAGCAAGCAGCUGGUGGUCCUGCCCGCAGAGACCUUCCAGGGAGACGGGCCCAUCAUCUCCACUAAGCUCCUCUACAAACCCAAGGACAGCGGGGCCCCCUGGUCCUCCAUCAUAGAACCCACAGUUCAGCCGAUCAUCGAGUUCACCGCAGUGGAAAGCAGGAACACCCUAUCAGUGAGCUGGGGUAUCCCUGUGGCCCAUGGCAAUGGCAACGGCUUCGUGGUGCGUCUCUUCAGCUCCUCCAACGCCCUGCUGAAGGAGGUGGAGGUCCCCUCCCUGCUCAUCCGCACUGCCAAGAUCCCAGACCUGGAGUUCAAGCGGGACUACCGAGUGGAGGUGAUGAUGAUCAACUGCGGGAGCCGGGGUCCGCCAUCCGAGCCGUACCCCGUGCGCAUCACCAGCCAGGGCCCCACGUCCCCCCGCAACGUCCAGGCCACCCCUCAGUCCAUCAGCGUGGUGCGGCUGACAUGGCAGCCCCCCGAAGACCCCAACGGGAGCAUCGUGAAAUACAUCAUCGAGUACAAGCAGGUCAGCACGGGCAGCCUGCACCAGUGGGUCGACACCGACGACGGCAACAAGAACAGCAAGGACGUGAUGGCCCUCAAUGGCAGCACCCACUACCAGUUCCGGGUCCAAGCCAACUCCAAGGUGCCGGGGGAGUGGAGCGCCCCUGUCACUGCCUGGACGAUGGGGGAUGGACCCCCAAGUUUCACCCCGACCACACAGGAGGUGCCAGGGCUGUCCGGGGGCAAUGACCAGCAGCUGAUCCUGGCCAUCGUGGGCUCAGUGUCAGCCACCUGCCUAACCAUCGUGCUGGCCCUGCUCACGCUCUUCUGCAUCCGCAGGAACCUCUGCCACCAGCGCCGCACCUUCACCUACCAGUCUGGAUCCGGUGAGGAGACCAUCCUGCAGUUCAACUCAGGGACUCUGACCCUGACCCGUCGCCCCAAGCCGCAGUCUGAGCCCCUGACCUACCCCAUCCUGGAGUGGGACGACAUCAAGUUCGAGGACGUGAUCGGAGAGGGCAACUUUGGACAGGUCAUCAAGGCCAUGAUCAAGAAGGACGGCAACAAGAUCAGAGCCGCCGUCAAGAUGUUAAAAGAGUUUGCCUCGGAGAAUGACCACAGGGAUUUUGCUGGAGAGCUGGAGGUCCUGUGUAAACUGGGGCAGCACCCGAACAUCAUCAACCUGAUCAAAGCCUGCGAGAACCGGGGUUACCUGUACAUUGCCAUCGAGUUUGCCCCCUUCGGAAACCUGCUGGACUUCCUGUGGAAGAGCCGCGUGCUGGAGACUGACCCGACGUUCGCCAAGGAGCACGGCACGGCCUCCAAGCUCACCUCCCAGCAGCUGCUGCAGUUCGCAGCUGACGUGGCCACUGGAAUGCAGUACCUCAGCGAGAAACAGUUCAUUCACAGAGAUCUGGCUGCAAGAAACGUGUUAGUCGGGGAAAAUCUGACAGCUAAAAUAGCAGACUUUGGACUUUCCAGGGGAGAAGAAGUGUAUGUCAAAAAGACAAUGGGAAGACUGCCAGUACGAUGGAUGGCAAUUGAGUCUCUAAACUACAGCAUCUAUACGACAAAGAGUGAUGUGUGGUCUUUCGGAGUGCUGCUGUGGGAGAUUGUAACCCUAGGUGGCACUCCCUACUGCGGGAUGACCUGCGCUGAGCUCUAUGAGAAAUUACCACAGAGCUACAGGAUGGAGAAGCCAAGGAACUGUGAUGAUGAGGUAUACGAGCUGAUGAGGCAGUGCUGGAGAGACCGCCCCUACGAGAGGCCCACCUUCGCGCAGAUCUCAGUGCAGCUGAACAGAAUGCUGGAGGCUAGAAAGGCCUACGUGAACAUGGCUCUGUUUGAGAACUUCACCAAUGCUGGAAUUGAUGCCACUGCGGAGGAGGCCUGAGCUGGGUCCCACUGGACUCCUCCAGGCAAUCCCACACUUUCCCAUUUAAACCAGGAGCUGACCACUGCCACGCUGCUGGACUCCUCCAGACAAUCCCACACUUUCCCAUUUAAACUAGGAGCUGACCACUGCCACGCUGCUGGACUCCUCCAGACAAUCUCACACUUUCCCAUUUAAACUAGGAGCUGACCACUGCCACGCUGCUGGACUCCUCCAGACAAUCUCACACUUUCCCAUUUAAACCAGGAGCUGACCACUGCCACGCUGCUGGACUCCUCCAGGCAAUCCCACACUUUCCCAUUUAAACCAGGAGCUGACCACUGCCACGCUGCUGGACUCCUCCAGACAAUCUCACACUUUCCCAUUUAAACCAGGAGCUGACCACUGCCACGCUGCUGGACUCCUCCAGGCAAUCCCACACUUUCCCAUUUAAACCAGGAGCUGACCACUGCCACGCUGCUGGACUCCUCCAGACAAUCUCACACUUUCCCAUUUAAGCCAGGAGCUGACCACUGCCACGCUGCUGGACUCCUCCAGGCAAUCCCACACUUUCCCAUUUAAACCAGGAGCUGACCACUGCCACGCUGCUGGACUCCUCCAGGCAAUCCCACACUUUCCCAUUUAAACCAGGAGCUGACCACUGCCACGCUGCUGGACUCCUCCAGGCAAUCCCACACUUUCCCAUUUAAACCAGGAGCUGACCACUGCCACCCUGCUGGAUCCUCAAGCGGUGAUAAGAAUCUUUAAGAACAACAGCAAAAAAACAAAAAACAAAAAAAAACUGAACUUCGUGACGUGUUGAAAAGACUGUUCGAGGCGGUGGUGAAGAAGAAAAUGGAGUUCCUUUAUCUGCUAGUGGUGCAGCGAGCCAUUCUUUAUUGGUGGUUCCUGUCAUGAGAUAGACGAGUGUAUCGUGAUACAUGACUAAAAGCAAUAAGAUACUUGUAAUCCACCAAAGGGUAUCGGACUGAUGAAGCAAGUGAUUUAUAGCUAUUGUAAGAAUACAUGUCCAUCAUAUCCCAUCAUUACUGACCAUUUGAUUACAUAGAAAAUAGCCCAACAGGAACUUGGCAAUAUAUAUCACACCAGGACUGUACUGUUACACCCCUAGCUGCAGCUUUCGUAAACUAGAAGAACUUACAAACUAGGAGAACUAUUGCAGAAUAAAGUGACAGUGCUAUGCGAGACAGGCCUGAUACAAAACAUGCAGGCAGACUGAGAAAGGAAUAAGACACCACAAGAGAGGUCCGUAUUCUCUUCUGCAUGGGGCUGGACCUGCUCUGGAUUGGAGCCUGUGAGUGUGUGUGUGUGUGCAGGUUAACUGGGCUGGUCCAGUCUUUCUUCCCGUGGUUAGAGAUGACAGCCAGUGCAACUGGAGUGAAUGAUGUUGAGGCACUUAAUGACCUGCUUGUAUACUGUAGGACACCGAGUUGCAGUGCUCUCGUGUCACAGUAACAGCCAGAACUCUUGUACUGUAACUGUAGCAUCUGUGUAUCCAAGAUACAAUUCACUUAAUGUUAAACUUCACAUAAAAGAGAUGUAUGCUUAAGGUGUGUUUUAUCAUUUAAACCAAAGACUUGCAAGUAAAUCAAGCCUGUGAUGACAGGACGAAUCACAUUUAAAUAUAUUAUUUGGGUUAUUAACUGGCACAGCCUUACUUUAAUGUACCACAAUGUGUCUUAAUAAACCUGCAGUGCGUGGCCCAGUUGUGACAUGUAUAUACGCUGAAUAAACAGAAAUGCAUCCAGACUGUAAAAGGUUAAAUGGAAGAACUCGCUGUGGAUGUUUUCUCAUAACACCCCCCCCCCGGGUUGCUCAAGUGUCAAGAGCGUAAGAACACAUUUCACACUUUAAGAAGCCUGCGGUGAACACUUUUCCCCUGCUGCUCUUCACUGAUCUGCCACAGUGUUUCCUCAAGCCUUGGCAGCAGCAGAAGCAGGCUUGGGGGUGCUCGCUGAAGCAAAUCCAGAUGGAGAAGUGCAGCAAGGUUCAGGCCACAGCGUCUCCCCUAACUCUCAGGACAGACUCAGGGUCCUACAGCUUCACAGCCUCUCCCCUAACUCUCAGGACAGACUCAGGGUCCUACAGCGUCACAUUCUCUCCCCUAACUCUCAGGACAGACUCAGGGUCCUACAGCUUCACAUCCUCUCCCCUAACUCUCAGGGCAGGCUCAGGGUCCUACAGCUUCACAGCCUCUCCCCUAACUCUCAGGGUCCUACAGCUUCACAGCAUCUCCCCUAACUCUCAGGGUCCUACAGCUUCACAGCUUCUCCCCUAACUCUCGGGACAGACUCAGGGUCCUACAGCUUCACAGCCUCUCCCCUAACUCUCAGGACAGACUCAGGGUCCUACAGCUUCACAGCCUCUCCCCUAACUCUCAGGGCAGGCUCAGGUCCUACAGCUUCACAGCUUCUCCCCUAACUCUCAGGACAGACUCAGGGUCCUACAGCUUCACAGCCUCUCCCCUAACUCUCAGGGCAGGCUCAGGGUCCUACAGCUUCACGGCCUCUCCCCUAACUCUCAGGGUCCUACAGCUUCACAGCAUCUCCCCUAACUCUCAGGGUCCUACAGCUUCACAGCUUCUCCCCUAACUCUCGGGACAGACUCAGGGUCCUACAGCUUCACAGCCUCUCCCCUA